UAUUAUUGUGGUGUGUUAAGAGGACAGCCGCUGGAAUUUGGUUAGUAGUGGCAGCGCUCUCUAUGCAACGUCACCCGUCAACGUGCUCAUUGACGGGUAGCAAUUAAGCAGCCAUGCAUUGAACGAAAGUAGAAGGAAGACUAAUGAUUUGUUGAUCUAAUGCUGCUAUUGAGUUCAUUGGUAAUUUUUAAGUGAUCAACGAACUCGUGCAUUUGUAGCUGAUUAACCUCGGAUCGGCUCCCAGAAAAGUAAAGGAAUAACGAGCUUUGCUUUCUGUUGUGUCGUUGCCAUGAAGGCUCUACUUCUAGUUGGGGGCUAUGGUACUCGGCUACGCCCGCUAACGCUGUCACGACCAAAGCCUUUAGUCGAAUUCUGUAACAAGCCAAUGAUGGUGCACCAGAUCGAGGCACUGGUGUCCGCCGGAGUGAAACAAAUCAUCCUUGCAGUCAGCUAUCGUGCUGAGCUGUUAGAGCAAGCUGUGAUUGAGGAAGGCCGCCGGCUGGGAAUCAAAAUCACUUUGUCGCACGAAAAUGAACCGUUGGGUACAGCCGGGCCGUUGGCGUUGGCGCGCGAAUAUCUGGCCACAGACGAUGAACCUUUUUUCGUGCUUAACUCGGAUAUCGUUUGCGAGUUUCCGUUUGAACAGAUGAUCUCCUUCCAUAAGCAACACAAACGACAAGGAACGAUUGUCGUUACUCGUGUAGAAGAACCCUCGAAAUAUGGUGUAGUUGUUUACCAGCCCGAUGGGCAAAUCGAGCGGUUUGUUGAAAAACCAGUUGAGUUUGUGUCAAAUCGAAUCAACGCUGGACUUUACAUUUUAAAUCCUUCAGUACUUAAUCGCAUUCAGCUGAGACCAACGUCAAUCGAAAAAGAAAUUUUUCCAGCGAUGGUCGCUGAUCGAGAUCUUUUUGCUUUUGAGCUGGAAGGCUUCUGGAUGGACGUAGGUCAACCGAGGGACUUCCUAACGGGUAUGUGCCUCUAUUUGAACUGGCUACGAAGCAGUCGGCCGGAUCGGUUAUUACCCCUGACUGAAGGAGUCGUCGGUGAUGUGUUGGUACACCCGACGGCGAUAAUUGGUUCCAACUGUCGCAUUGGUCCGAAUGUCGUCAUUGGCCCAAAAGUCAUUGUCGAGGAUGGAGUGUGCAUCAAACGAUCUACCAUCCUCGAAGGCGCUGUGGUAAAGUCACACUGCUGGCUGGACUCGUGCAUUAUCGGCUGGAAGAGUACAGUCGGCCAAUGGGUACGCAUGGAAAACACAACCGUACUAGGUGACUGUAAAUACCUGUUUAUUUAGAACAAGGGAAAGGAUAUGAGUGAAUAAACUAUUUUUUGAAACACUUGUAAGAGGCGCCUUUUUUAUUUACUACCCAAAGAAAGACUACGCCACGCGAUCUCAGCGAACGACAUGCGUUUUCUUGGGCGAAACAGUGCUCAAACUCUGAAUCAAACGGCUUUUUGAUUUACGGACGAUCAAUAGUGAUGUGUAUUUCAUUAUUACUUCAUAUAUUUCUUAAUCACGUGACUAUUGCUACACAGCGCAGAUAUCAGAAGAGAGUGAUUAAGGUAGAUAAAAGGCUGUGAAAUGGUAUUAGAAGUUUCUCAGAUUUUUCUAUAAAUAAAGAUUUAUCUACUUCUCUUUAUAAUGAACGCUAUCUACUUUUAGACUCGAUAGCAUUUCUUAAUAAAUGUAUAUACGAGAAAUUCGAGAUGUAUAUGAGAAAAUAUUUUUGUAAUGUGCAUAUUCAUAAAAAUCAUAUUAAUAAUAUGAAUAAAAAUUGGUAAUAAUUGUUUAGAAAAGUCGAUCAAAGUAUAAUACGGCACAGAUCUUUCAAAUGACAAAACUAAUAAGUAUUACUUAUAACAAAGGAUACCUACUUAAUUUGGUUAUCUGCCUAAACUGAUUCGUUGGUUUCUUUUUAUUGUUAAUGGUGCCGUAUAUAUAUAAUAUAUAUAUAUAUAAGUAGCAGUAGCAUGCGUAUUGAUUUCAAAAGAACCGGGAAAAAAGCGUGGAAAACGGUGAACAGUAUAUUUGUAUUUUUACCUGAAUACCUCUCUGUACACUGUUGAUAAAAAAAAAACCUAGAUAAAUCGUUAUGUUGCGUGCGACGGCUACGGUAAAAUACCAACAAUA